CUUUUUAGGUUUUUCCAAUCCGCCUGGGGAGAUCCUCUUUCGUUCUAGGGUUUUGCAGUUGGUUCUCAUCACCAUUGAACCAGUAGAUUCAGAUCUUAACUUUCAACAACAAUCACAUAAUCUUAUCAAUUACACUCAAUUUCAUCAAUGGCGAUUUCAAGCGAGUUGUAUCCAAGCCAAGACGACCUCCUCUACGAAGAAGAACUCCUCAGAAAUCCCUUCAGUUUGAAGCUAUGGUGGCGAUACUUAAUUGCACGCACCGAAUCUCCGUUCAAGAAGCGUGCCGUGAUCUAUGAACGAGCGUUGAAAGCUUUACCAGGAAGCUACAAGUUAUGGCUCGCGUAUCUCCGUGAACGCCUCGAAUUGGUACGUAAUUUGCCAAUAUCUCAUACGCAUUAUCAAACUUUAAACAAUACGUUUGAACGAGCCCUAGUUACAAUGCAUAAGAUGCCUAGGAUUUGGAUUAUGUACUUGACUAGUUUGACUGAGCAGAAGCUAGUUACUAGAACUCGUAGGACGUUUGAUAGGGCGCUAUGCGCGUUGCCUGUUACGCAGCAUGAUAGGAUUUGGGAGCCGUAUUUGGUGUUUGUGAGUCAACGAGGUGUGCCGAUUGAGACGUCACUUAGGGUUUACAGGAGGUAUUUGAAGUAUGAUCCUGGUCAUAUUGAGGAUUUGAUUGAGUUUUUGUUGAAUUCGGGGCUGUGGCAGGAGGCGGCGGAGAGGUUGGCUGGGGUGUUGAAUGAUGAUAGGUUUUAUUCGAUUAAGGGGAAGACGAAACAUAGGUUGUGGUUGGAGCUUUGUGAUUUGCUUACUCAACAUGCUACGGAGAUUUCGGGGUUGAAUGUGGAUGCGAUUAUUAGAGGUGGGAUUAGGAAGUUUACGGAUGAAGUGGGACGGUUGUGGACUUCGUUGGCGGAUUAUUAUAUUAGAAGGAAGUUGUUGGAGAAGGCUAGAGAUGUGUUUGAAGAAGGGAUGACGACUGUUGUUACGGUGCGAGAUUUUAGUGUGAUUUUUGAUGCUUACUCGCAAUUUGAGGAAAGUGUUCUUGCUUUGAAAAUGGAAGGGAUGGAUGAGAGUGAAGAGGAAGAGGAAGAGAACGAUAGUGACGAAGAUGAAGAAGAUGACCGGCUUAAUGUGGCAAAGUUAGAACACAAACUUAAGCGGUUUUGGUUGUGUGAUGAAAAGGAUGUUGAUUUAAGGAUAGCAAGGUUAGAGAAUCUUAUGGAUAGAAGACCGGAACUAGCUAAUAGUGUUCUUCUUCGCCAAAAUCCUCAUAAUGUUGAACAAUGGCAUAGGCGAGUGAAAAUCUUUGAAGGAAAUCCAACAAAGCAGAUAUUAACAUAUACCGAGGCUGUUAGAACAAUCGACCCAAUGAAAGCUGUUGGAAAACCUCAUACUUUAUGGGUUGCAUUUGCUAAAUUGUAUGAAGCUCAUAACGACAUUGCUAAUGCAAGAGUGAUAUUCGAUAAAGCUGUGCAAGUUAACUAUAAAGCUGUUGAUAACCUUGCUAGUGUAUGGUGUGAAUGGGCAGAAAUGGAACUUAGACACAAAAAUUUUAGGGGUGCACUGGAGUUAAUGAGGCGUGCUACAGCUGAACCGUCUGUUGAGGUGAAACGCAGAGUGGCUGCUGAUGGCAAUGAACCGGUACAAAUAAAGUUGCACAAAUCAUUGAGACUGUGGACAUUUUACGUUGAUUUAGAGGAAAGUUUAGGCACUUUGGAAUCAACCCGUGCAGUAUAUGAGAGAAUAUUGGAUCUUCGUAUUGCCACACCACAAAUUAUUAUAAACUAUGCAAUGCUGUUAGAGGAUAAUAAGUACUUUGAGGAUGCUUUCAAGGUCUAUGAAAGAGGUGUGAAAAUAUUCAAAUAUCCCCACGUGAAAGACAUUUGGGUUACAUAUCUCUCGAAGUUUGUCAAACGAUACGGGAAAUCCAAGCUUGAAAGAUCCCGAGAGCUAUUUGAGCAUGCUGUUGAAAUGGCCCCUGCUGAAGUUGUAAAGCCGUUGUAUCUGCAAUAUGCUAAACUAGAAGAGGAUUACGGUUUAGCUAAACGAGCCAUGAGGGUUUAUGAUCAAGCAACAAAAGCGGUCCCACCAAGUGAAAAACUGAGCAUGUAUGAAAUUUACAUAGCCCGUGCAGCCGAAAUUUUUGGAGUUCCUAAAACUAGGGAGAUUUAUGAGCAAGCAAUUGUGUCUGACGGGCUUCCUGAAAAGGAUGCAAUGAAGAUGUGUAUAAGGUACGCUGAGCUGGAAAAGAGUUUGGGAGAAAUUGACCGUGCGCGGAAAAUAUACGUUUAUGCGUCUUGGUUAGCAGACCCGCGGUGGCCUGAUAGUGACUUUUGGGUUAAGUGGCACGAAUUUGAAGUAAAUCAUGGUAACGAGGAUACGUUUAGAGACAUGCUUCGUAUUAAGAGAAGUGUUACUGCCAGACACAGCCAGACACAUGUGAUGCUACCGGAGUCUCUAAUGCAGAAGGCUAACGGUGAUGAAACCGCCAUGGAUGAAUCAAAGAAAGCUGAAGAUGAAAUGGCUGCUUUAGAAAGGAAGGUAGCGCCUGACACUGCUAAGAACGACACCAACGCCGCUAGAUUUGUACACGGUGGUGUACAGUUGUCGGAAAAGGAGUCGGGAUUGAUUCAAAACAAGGAAGAGAUUGAACUUCCUGAAGGAAGUGGAAGUGAUGAAGAAGACGAUGACGAUGAUGGCAAAGUUGAAAUCGCACAGAAAGAUGUACCGGAUGCUGUGUUUGGAGGGCUUAUAAGAAAAAGAGACGAAGAAGAAGAAGCGCAAGGUAAAGAGGCGGAAAAUGGUGACGGUGGAAGCCGCCUUGGCGCGCUUGAACGAAUUAAACGCAUGCGUCAGGGUAACUAGUUGUAUUUUUGGGUUUGAGUUUCAUCUAAAUUUUGAAUUUUCAAACUGUUUGCUCUAGAAUUGUUCAAAGAUUUGUUGUAAAAAACUUGUUCUUGGUGCUAUUUCAUGGUAUUACUAAGAAUCUUCUGUGUUACAAUAUUGUUUUUUUAACAUUAGUUAA